AUGGCGGAGGAUCACGGAUUUCAGCCACAGGAGGGCCACCGCCUGUGCGUCAACAACUGCGGCUUUUUCGGCAGCCCCGCCACGCAGAAUAUGUGCUCCAAGUGCUACCGGGACCUCCACCCUGCCGAUCCGCAGGUCUUCUCGAAGCCGGCCGCCGCCGCCGCGGCGGCGGCGGCGGCGGAGGUGGCUGCGCCGUCAUCGGCAGAGGAGCCGAUCUCGGCUGAGAUAUCGUCGACGGAGAAGGAGGUGGCGGCGCCGCGGGGGACGGGGAGAUGCUCGGCGUGCAGGAGGAGGGUCGGGCUGACCGGGUUCGGGUGCCGGUGCGGGGCGACGUUCUGCGGGGUCCACCGGUACCCGGAGAAGCACGGGUGCAGCUUCGAUUUCAAGGCGGCGGGGAGAGAGGCGAUCGCGAGGGCGAAUCCGGUGAUCAAGGCGGACAAGCUGGAGAGGAUAUGA